AUGCCAAACUCUCUCAGCCUCCCCUUCAGCCUCCCCUUCAAGCUGGACCUCAGCUCCAAGACCCUCUUCGUGCUGGCGGCGUCCGUCGUGGCCGUCGUGCCCUGCAUCUACAUCUGCACCGCCAGCGCCGUGCGCAACCGCUUCCCGGAGCUGCUGGAGAAGCGCGUGUGUCUGCUGAUUGCGCACCCGGAUGACGAGGCCAUGUUUUUCGCCCCGACGGUGCUGGCGCUGGCGAGGCCGGAGACGGGCAACCACGUCAAGAUUUUGUGUUUGAGCGCAGGCAAUGCCGAAGGCCUCGGCGAAGUCAGAAAGAAGGAGCUCGUCAAGAGCGGCCUGACCCUGGGCCUGCGAGACGAGUCCGACGUCUUUGUCGUCGACAACCCCAAGGACUUUCCCGACUCCAUGACGACGCACUGGGACGAGACUAAGAUUGCCAACCUCCUCACUAAGGCCUUUGCGCCGCAGCUUGCGCACCAGCGAGCCGAAAACGCCUCGGAGCCCACGGCCAACAUCGACGCCCUCAUCACCUUUGACGGCCGCGGCGUGUCGUCCCACCCCAACCACAUCUCCCUCUACCACGGCGCGCGGGGUUUCGCCAAGGCUCUGACAGAGGGCAAGCCCGAGUGGAAGAGCCCGGUCGACGUCUACACACUAAACACGGUCAAUAUGCUGCGCAAGUACUCGGGCGGCUUGGACCUCUUCACCACCAUUGCCUCAUCGCUCUUCACGCGCAACAAGGACCCCGAGCACCCUGAGAGGCUCGUCUACACCAACAACCUGGCUGGACCCGAGCCCACGCUGGGCACCGCCUGGUCUGCCAUGACCACCGCCCACAAGAGCCAGAUGGUCUGGUUCCGCUACCUGUGGCUUGGCUUCAGCCGAUACAUGCUGGUCAACGACCUGCGACUGGAGAAGGUCGACGAGGAUAACUAA